UGCGCGCAUUACCUCUCAAAACAUAUAUCAACAUGCUCCAUUGUAAGCAUAAGUUAAUUGCUUAAACUUUCCUAUCUCCAGAACAAUGGUGUCCAUAUUUCAUCUUCCACUCUUCCUUCUAAUUGUAAUGUUAAUUGUGAUAUUGAUAUAUGUUACUUUUAAUAGGAUUUCAUAUGCUACAAAGACACACAAAAACAAACCACCAACUCCGCAAAAGCUUCCAAUUAUUGGAAACCUACACCAAAUAAGCUCAAACCCUCACCGCUCUCUCAAAACACUAACUCAAAACUACGGUCCACUUGUUCUUAUUCAUCUAGGCAGUGUACCCGUGCUGGUAGCCUCUUCGGCUGAAUCAGCCCGUGAAAUCUUAAAAACCCAUGACUUAAUAUUUUCUAGCAGGCCCAAGUUAAAGAUCCCAGAUACACUUACUUAUGGAUCUAAAGACAUAGCAUUUUCGCCAUAUGGGGACUAUUGGAGACAGGUUAGAAGCAUUGCAGUACUUCAUCUGUUAAAUAGUAAACGAGUUCUGUUAUUUCGACAUGUUAGAGAGGAGGAGACUCGUGUUAUGAUUAAUACAAUUGGUGAAAGUUGUGGAUCUGUAGUUAAUUUAGGUGAGUUGCUAAUAUCACUUACGAAUAACAUAGUUUGCAGGGUGGCACUAGGAAGGAAAUAUGAGGGGACAAAAUUUAAUGAUUUAUUGGUAAGGUUUACGUAUCUGCUUGGUUGUUUCUCUGUUGGGAAUUACAUACCGUGGUUGUCAUGGGUGGAUCGAUUGAGUGGUUUAGAGGCAAAAACGAAAAAACUUUUCGACGAAUUUGAUGAAUUUCUAGAGGAUGUUCUUGAAGAGCAUGUAAACCAGAAAAAAAUGGUGGCUGGUGGUGAAAAGCAAGGCCAAGAUUUAUUUGACAUAUUACUGGAGGUUCAAAGAGAAAGCACAACAAACUUUAUACUUAAUAGAGACAUCAUGAAAGCUGCCAUCAUGGACUUAUUUGCAGCUGGAACGGAUACUACAGCCACAUCCAUUGAAUGGGCAAUGAGUGAGCUAAUAAGACACCCAAGAGUAAUGAAAAAGUUGCAGCAAGAGGUCAAAGAAAUAGGUCAUGGAAAAUCCAUGAUCAACGAAGAUGAUUUGGAUCAAAUGAAGUACUUGCAAGCCGUCCUCAAAGAGACACUACGAUUAUAUACUCCACUUCCGCUACUCAUUUCUCAUCAAUCAACACAAGAUGUCAAACUAAUGGGUUAUGAUAUUGCAGAAGGAACUCAAGUAAUCAUUAAUGCUUGGGCAAUAGGAAGAGAUCCUUAUGUAUGGGAAGAAGCAGAUAAGUUUAGGCCCGAGAGGUUUUUAAACAGUUCUUAUGACUAUAAAGGGAUUAACUUCGAAUUUAUUCCAUUUGGUGCUGGACGAAGAGGGUGUCCAGGUAUUCAGUUUGCCACUAUUGUUAGUGAGCUCGUGUUAGCAAAUUUGGUAUACAAAUAUGAUUUCUCAUUGCGAGAUGAGGCGCGUGGGGAAGAGCUUGAUAUGAGUGAGAUCACUGGCCUUACACUCCGUAGGAAGUCCCUUUUACAAGUUGUGGCGACUCCUUGUUUCUAGAUGCAAAUUGUUAACAAUAUAUACCUAUUAAAUUUUUAUCAAUGCUACUGUUCUUGGUGAAGAUUCCGUAA